AUGCAAACUUCAUUGGAAAACUCAACCGCAUCUGAGGGCACAGCAUAUCCUACCCCAAUAGCAACAACAGAACGUCUGAUAAUCCGUCCAAUGUACCUGCCAGACGCCCCGUCCAUGUCUUUACACGCCAACGACCUACGCGUCUCACAGUACAUGUCUCUUGCCUUUCCAAGCCCCUACACAAUAUCCAGCGCCGAGACAUGGAUCAACAUGAACACUGUACUCCCAUACCAAGAGGCCUUUGUUGUAUGCGAGCGUUCGGAACCAGACGUUGUAAUCGGAGGACUCGGCAUCAAGGCUGGCAGUGAUGUCAAUGCUCACACUGGCGAAGUCGGUUACUGGAUUGCCCCAGCGCACUGGGGAAAGGGCUACAUGACAGAGGUGUUACAGGGAUUCACAAGAUGGGUGUUUGAAAACUGGGACAGGAAUGGACAGCGCUUGACGAGGAUAUGGGGUGGUGUCUUUUCGGGCAAUUUCAGAAGCAUGCGGUGCCUUGAAAAGUCUGGCUACGCGCCUGAAGGCGUGAUGAAGGGUCAUUGCCAGAAGAAUGGCAAGGUACUGGAUAUGCAUCUUUUUGGCUUGACAAAACCUGAUUGGGAAAAGAGAAUGGGCGAGGUGUCUGGCAAGUAA